AUGAACUCCAUAAAGAGCGUCCAGGCGCUCAACAAGCGCGAGCUGGAAAAUGCAGUGCCUCCGGAAGCAUCAUGGCACGCAGACUACCGAGACACCGCAUAUAUUUACAUAGGCGGUCUGCCGUUUGACCUGUCCGAGGGAGAUAUCGUUACAAUCUUUUCUCAGUAUGGUGAACCGGUCCACGUCAACCUAGUCCGUGACAAGGAAACGGGCAAGAGCCGGGGUUUCGCGUUUCUGAAAUAUGAAGACCAGCGCAGCACAGACCUGGCCGUGGACAAUCUGGGCGGUACAACAGUCAUGGGGCGAAUGCUACGAGUCGACCAUACACGGUACAAGCGGCGCGACGAUGAAGAGGAGGGCGAUAAUGUUGCUCGGCUCAUGGGCGAUGCGGCAAUCGACAACAGCAAGGAAGACGAUGAGGCUCGGCACAGUCGCAGGAGGCCAAGAAUUGAAGACAAGGAGAGAGAAGAGCCGCCGCGUCCGUUGUUAAAGGAGGAGAAGGAGCUGCAAGAGCUGAUUGUCAACCACGACGAUGAAGACCCAAUGAAGGAGUUCCUCAUUGACGAAAAGAAAGAGGAAGUGGCGCAAGCUAUCGCAAGGUACGAGAGCGAGAAGAAGAGAUCCUCUAGACGACGGGACGACAGCAGAGAACGUUCGGGCAGACACCAUCGCCGCCAUCGCUCUCGCUCCCGCGAACGCAGACACAGGGAUGAUCGUUCGCCCGACAGAGAGAAGAGAUCUCGCCGCCGCUCCACGGAACGGGAAGACAGACCUCGAAGAGAUAGACAUCGGACACCUGAACGGUCUCGCUCUCCCGCAUCUCGCAGGCAUCGAAACGAUCGAGACAGGCACGAGCGCCGCCGCUGA